AUGUCAGCACCCGUCACUGCUGAAGAAAUAUUGCGAACAUUUCUGGAGAAGGAGAAGCAGAAAAAAAAAACGUUGGCCGUCAUAACCGAUUUGAAGAAUCAAAUCGAAAAACUGUCAAACCUUCAAAUGGCCAAUCAUCAACCCCGUGAUCCAGCAAAUGAGCAGCUCCUGAAAGCUCUCGAUGAAUGGGUUUUGUAUUCAGCAUGCUUGUUGAGCAAUUGCUUGUUGAGCUGCAUUAGCUCCUGGCGCUCCUUGGCCACCUGCAUUGUUUCCCUUCUUUCUCCGACAGAACUUGCGAUGGGUCUGCCAGUGACCUUGUUGGCAUUCGACACUGCAAUUCUCUCGAUGCUUAUUAUCCAAAUCGAUACGUGUCUGCUCGAGUUCCUCCUUGAACUGUUGCAAAAGAUCCGCACGAAUCUUUUGCUGAUCUUGCAUGAAUUCCUGAUGAAGUUUCUCGGUGAGCUCAACAAGACAUUUCUCACGAGAAGUGUGAUAUUCGUUGAGCCAGUGACGUUGCAAAUCGAUAAUCAUUCGCUUCAUUCCUUCGCUUACGUGUACGCCGUCCAAGUGGUACUGAAAUAA